AUGUAUAAAGAAGUUUUUAACGGAGAAUGUGACGACAAUCAAGACCAACAGGUGUAUUACGUUCUUCCAGAAAAAUUGGAUUUCACACUAUACUUGUCAGAAAAGGAAUGCUUUAUAACGACCAAUACAUUUCCGUUAUGCAGCCAAAGAAGAAAAAAUGAUUCUGUUAAAGAGGUAGCCAAAACAUCUUCAGAAGUUACGAACACUGAACAAAAUGAAGAAGAGGAGCAGGAAACUGCGACUGAUAAUGAGAUAUGCGCCGACACUGGAAGUCAACUCCUAGUUUCAGAUUUCCCUUCAAUAGAGUUUCCUAUAGAACUACCUCAUUUUAAAACAAAUAAUACAGCUGUGGUUACUUAUUCACGACCAAGGCUACCACACGAUGAUCUCGAGGAAGUGCUUGUCAUCAAAGAGAGUAUUUUGGAUUUGUAUUUAUCACACAUACAAUUUGUCCAGCAUCCAUUAUUUAGCAUCGAACAUAUAUUUGCUCAGAUACUUUCAGAUUCUUAUAACGAUUACUCACUUAUGGAGGAGAAAAAUACCAUAAACAAAUUGAAGCAACAGUUAGAUGAGCUACGAGAAAAGCCAAAUAAACUAGAAGAUCGUCUGGCUAUUAAUAAAAUCCAUAAGAAUAUUAAAAAGAUAAGAACCAAAUAUUUUGAAGAAAACAGGAAGUACAAAGACACUAUUUUUAUGAUACUCGAGGCUUGGAGAACAAUAAAGAAGAUAAGACAGUUACAAGGCUAUUCGAAUACAACCAUAAAACUUCUAAUAAAAAAAGAGGCAAGUAAUGCGGAGGAACAGCGUGAACAGUAUCAAAAUAUGUUUGAUGUUACUCUGCAUGAACUUCAACAACAACAAAUAAGUGCAAAUGAUAGUGAUAUUGAGGAAAAGAACAGCACUAAAGGAAAUCAAGAAGAAAAUGAGAGUAGAGAAGUUGAUGAAAUAUCUGAAGACAAAACUAGGGGCAGUUCAAAAGAAAUGUCUAAGGAAGAAGAAAUCUCAAGCCAGAAGCUUCGCUCCCAACUUCUAACAACAUUUCAAACCUGUUUUAAAUCACCAGAAGAUCCAAACAUACAGUUUUCUUUGACCUUUUCUAACCAAAUAAGCGAAGAUUGUGAAAACACCAGAGAAGUGGCUAGAAGAGCCGCCGUUUUAUCCACAAAGUUUUAUUUACGAAUAUUAUGUAACGGAAUAGAAGCAUGUAAUACCAAAUUUCUGAAUAUGACAGAUGAUUUUCUACUAAACAUCGAUGAAGCUUUUUCUUUACAAUUAACGGAUAUACCAAAAUGUUUAACAGUAGAAAUAUACGCUCAACCAAAAUCUUUGCUGAAGAAAAAAGUUUGUGAGAUGAAUAUAAAUAUUCCUAAUAAAAAAAGUGCCAAGAAGAAUGUUAAAAAUGUCUUCGAGAAAGUUGAAAUUGUUCAUUAUAAACAUGAAGGUGUGGGCAGCGGAGUUGAAUUAAAAAAGGUAAUUGAACAUUUAGAUCUAGACUUACAGCAUAUUGAAAAUUUUGAAUUAAAUACUUCUGGUUUCUUGGAAUACUCAUUAGAAUGGGAGAAGGCUAAAAAAUUACAGGAAGAUGGUAGCUUAAGUGAGCAGUUUAAAGUUAGGAAUGAAGCAAACCGUGAGCAAUUUGGGUCAGAGAAACAAACGGAUGAAAAAAAUUUAGAUAUAGAUGAAGAUCCUGGUGACGGCAAUAGUAAAAGGACCCGACGAGAUCGACGCGCUAAUAGGAAAAAAACUGACGAAAAUUUAUUUACAUUUUGUAAAACUUCAGUAAUAGAAGAAAACCUUAGGCUAAAGAUCUUACAGUUGCGAGACCAAAAAGAAAUCGAAUUCGAUGGGAUGGUAGUGCCAAAUAGAGUCAGGGAAAUUCCGUUUACAAUCCUUAAUCCAUAUAUGAGACGAAAAGCUUCGGAAGAAAAAGGAUAUAUUUCCGACGAUGAUGACACGGAGUACAAAGCUCAAUACAAUUUUGGUAAAAAGCGUUUAAAGCAGGUGUAUCUGAGACUGUUCCAUUUAUGUAAGAACACUGAAAAUAAUUUGGACUAUGAGAGUGUUGUCGAUGAGAACUACUUUAUAUAUUUUCAUUAUAUGGUAACAACUAUACUACGCAACUUUUUUAACUGGUUUAGAUGGCGACCAAAGAUUAACAAACCGCUACCUAUUUUACAAAAAAAUAGUUCAGAUGAACUACAGGAAGUUCCAAAGGGCAAGCUUAAUGUAAUAGUUAACGUUAUCAGUGCCAAAAACUUGCCAAGAAGAAAAAAAGGUACUUUUAAUAAAGAUGAAAUAGAAAAUAAUGAAUUAUUCCCAUAUGUUGAGGUUACUUACAAUAAUAUAGUAGCGAGAACCAAUACUAGUACAGGUACUAAUGCAAGUUGGAAUGAAGUAUUGGCAAUACCAUUAGAUUCUUCGCAUUCGGAUUAUCUCAAUCCAAAUUCAUUGGAAGGAGUAAUGAGUGUAAAUGUAUAUGACGAAAGUAACAUUGAGAUUAAAAAGCUUAACAAGAAAUGUGUUAAUUGGCUUGGAGGCGUAGAUAUUCUACUUUCAGCUGUAUGCUGCCUGGACAGUAUGUCGGGAUAUUUCCAAAUAAAAGUCCCAUAUCUAUUAUUAGAUUAUGAAGACGAAGCAGAAACAACAUCACAGAAUAAAUCUCCAAAACUGAUUAGUUCUUCUAGUAACAGAAGUUAUUUGUAUUUGGAAGUAUUUUUAGAACCAAAUAUACCUAAACUUGCUCCAAACAUGGAAGAACUUAAAUCAGCAGAAGUUCCAUAUAUUCAGGAGCAUGUUUUGAAAUGGAAUAAAAUAUUCAACAAUAGCUAUGCUCAUCGAAAAUUUAAUGCCCUAGUUUUAGACACAAACGGUAAAACCACAUGCAUAACACGUUAUAUCAAAGCUCUUGAGCCUCCCCAAAUUAAUCAUAAGGAAUUUGACGUUACAGUUGAGCAAUGUUUGAGGUAUAUUUCUCUUAUACCAUUUACGGAAAGAAAUCAUUUUUACAGUAAUAUCUGGUUAGGUGCAGAUCAAUUAAUUAGUUUCAUGUUGGGCUCGAUAACCGACCACUGUAUAGCCCUAACUUGCUACUUGUUAGCAUUGAAAGUGGAAGCAUGGCUGCUUUUAGGAUACGGCAUACCUCAUGGAUAUACUGCGUACGUUUUAGUUCAAGAACAUUCCGCAGAAUCACCGUUACCAUUGUAUUAUGUUCUAGACGUAUUUUAUAACGAAAAGUAUAACGUGUUGGAUGAACAUUGUCCCUUGCAGAAAAUAUUUUGUGUUUUAAAUGGAACGAAUUGCUGGGCAAAUACUCAGAAAACUGACAAUGUGGCUCUAACAAGAUUUGAAUUUCAAAGAGGUUCUGAUUGGAUGCCAUUAUUUGACAAUACAGUCAGUGCUCCAAAUAAUUUCAUAACAAAUACUAUUACGUAUAAAAUAAAAGAAGAUACAGAAGAGAUUGAAAUGCAGUUAGAAAAACAGCUGAAAAGGAAAUUUUCCAGGUUAAGACAACUGGAUAGGACUAUAUGGAAUAGUGGACUAUCGAGUGUCUUAGCAAACUUUUUAAGAACUUUUGAACUGAACUGCAUGUAUAAUAAAAAUCACAGAGAAACCAUACGCGAGCUGUACGAGGAAAUAUCACAAUAUAAGGUCUCUGGUUUAGCCUGGAAUAUUCCAUUUAAAGGUUUAGCAGAAUUGGUCAGAACAGUUAAAAGAAUAGGAUUUCAUGUUCAACCUGAAGAUGAUACAGAAUUUGCGUUUUCACUUUAUGUUCAUUGUUAUCCCGGUAGAUUGCUAUCGGUUUGGAUAUUUAUAGUGAAUAUUAAAAAUAUUGACUAAACAAGAUAUUUAAGUUAAACGAAAAUUAUAAUAUAAUUGUGAUAGCAUAAUAUUAUAUAUUUUACCAUAUAAUAUAAAAAUACAGGAUAUUAAUUAUAUAUCGUCCACUUACAAUAACAAAGUUCUAACUGCACUUUUUCCCAAAUUGUAAAUUUUGGUAUAAUAAGGUUUUAAGUAUUCUUUUAUAAAUGAGCGAAAUAAAUUGAAAACAAACAUACAAGACAUACUAAACAUAUGGAAUAAGCACUAUAAAGAAAAAUUCGAGGCAAGUAACCAACAAGAUGAGGAGAGAGGACAGCAGGCAAGAGAAGUGGAUAGAGACAAUCGAGUAGACGAAAUUCAUAUCAAAGAUAUUGAAGAAGGAUUGGCAAGAAUAAAGAUUGGAAAAGCGGGAGGUGCCGAUGACAUAGAUCCGGAGAUGAUGAAGUACGUGGGAGAACGAGGCAAGCUUUGGCUGCUGAAAAUAAUUAGGGAAGCAUGGAGAACAGAAAAGAUACCGGAAGACUGGGAAGAAAAUUUAUUGAUACCAAUACACAAGAAAGGAGAUGAAGCGGAAUGUGAUAACUAUAGGGCUAUAUGCUUAUCAUCAGUGGCAUAUAAAGUCUACACCGGGAUAAUAGAAAGGAAGCUCAGGAAAGAACUGGAAGGAAAACUAGAAGAAGAACAAGCGGCAUUUAGGAAGGAAAGAGGAACAACAGAUAAUAUAUACAUACUGAGAAAUAUAAUUGAAAGGAAAAACGAAAUAGGAGAAGACUUAUAUAUUACGUUUAUAGAUAUUAAAGCUGCUUUUGAUUCUAUAAAUAGAGAAGUAAUAUGGUCAGUAAUGGAAGAUCUGCAAAUCCCGCAAAAGAUAGUAAGCGUGGUAAAAAGUAACUUACUUUUGAAACGUACUUGCUAAAGUACAAACAAAUGGAAACAGAUCGCCAAAAAUAAACCUAAGGAGAGGAAUAAAACAGGGGGACAGUAUCAGCCCAGUUUUGUUUAUAUUAGUAAUGGAUAGAGUAAUGAAGAGCGCUAAAAGAAGGUCAAGGCAAUUACAGUCAAUAAUAGGGUACAGGAAUUUAGUACCAGUGAGAAUGGAGGGAUUACUAUAUGCAGAUGACUUAGUAAUAAUAGCAGACAAUAAAGAGAAAAUGCAAAAUCUAAUCAAUAUAUGGGUGGAGGAAAUAGAAAAUUUGAAAAUGGAGGUAAAUGUAAAGAAAACGAAGACCAUGAUAGUAACCCAAAAGAAAAGGGAAGAAAUAAACCAAACGAUAUUUAGGUGCAAAAACGAAAUAAUAAAAACAGUCUCGACGUUUGAAUACCUUGGAGUAACAAUAUCAGGGGAUGGAAAGAUAGAUCAAGAUAUCUCAUACAGAGCGAAAAAAGCAAACAAGAUCUACUAUGCACUAAAUAAAACAAUAUUUGGAAAGGAAGAAAUAGAUAAAGAAAUAAAACUGAAGGUAUACAACGCAAUCUCUGUGCCAACUUUAAUAUAUGCAAGUGAGACAUGGGUAAACAAUGCAAAAAUAGACAGUACAAUAAACGCAGCGGAGAUGAAGCAGCUAAGAAAAAUAGCAGGAAAAACGAAAUUGGACAGAAUAUGAAAUGAAGAUAUUAGACAAAGACUGAGACAGGAAUCGAUAAUAACCAAGAUACAAAAAAGAAAAUUAAAAUGGUAUGGACACAUUAACAGAAUGGACCAGGGAAGACUACCAAAGCAGGUGAUGGAAUCGAAAAGAUAUGGUAAAAGAAGGAAGGGAGGCCAAGGAAGAGAUGGAUCGAUCAGAUUAUAUAAAUUGGACAGGAAAAAGGAAAAACACAUCAACACAUGAAAGAGUUAGCAAAGGACCGCAAGAAAUGGAAGAGAUGGAUAGAAGAUGAAUAAAACCUCCGACGCCCCUAAGGAACAUAAGGAGUUUCGAGAAAGAAGAAGAAGAAGAAGAAGAAGAAGAAGAAGAAGUAUUCUUUUCUAUCGAAUUUAAUAAAAAUUAGCGCCAUCUAAUCACGGGAAGGUGUUUUAGAAGGAUCGCAGAGUUCUAUUUGCAGCGAUUGUUCGUCAAUUUAAUUUAACAUGAUUCUAUCUACAUACAGUUAGCACUUUGUAAUUCCCAAACAGUAGUUACACCGUUGUUAUAGUAUUCAUGAAAUGAUUUUUUCCAAAAAAUAUUUGGAAGCAACAUUAACAAUUCCAAAAAUGUACCUACGAUUUAUAUCUUAAUUACUGUGCUGAAAAUAACCUAGAAACAGUUAAACUCUCAAUGUAGAUGUGUACCUAUAUAUUUUGUAAGUAAUAAUUUUAACUAUAGUUUUCACAAACCAAAAAAGACAUGUGUGAAACCUGCUCCGCCUUUUACUUAAAGGAAAAAGAAAAUAGACUAAAUAGUACUAAAGCCGAAUCUAUGGAAAAACAUACUAAAGAAAAGGAAGCUAUGCGAAAAGAAAAACAAAAUGA